CGCGCGCGCAUCUCGGCUCGCGCAGCGCACGACCGCCUUCCCGACUCAGCAGCCUACAGGACGAGACGACGAGAUGCAUCCCUGGUGCAAGCCCUGAUAAAAGUCGUCAGCUCGUUUUGCAAUUGAUUUCAAAUAAACAAACAAACAAAUAAACGGACAACAAACAAUAAAUCACUUAAGAACACGGAGAGACAACAGAGGCGCGAUGCUCGGGGUGGUGAAAUACGGGACAGCAGUGUUUGUGCUGUUGUUUACUGCAUUGCUCCUCUUCACCGGAGCCACCGAGGAAGGAAUUCUUACAAACCAUCUUUUAGUUCAACUGCACCAGGGAGUGAGUGAAGAUGCCCAGCAACUUGCACUUGAGUAUGGCUUUGAGAGUGCCAGACAGCUUCCCUUUGGUGAGAGACUUUUUCAUUUCUACCCCCGGGACACUCCUAAGACGAAGAGGAAACGCAGCCUUCGUCGCCGCCAGCAUCUGGAUAAGGACCGACGGGUAAAAAAGGUGAUUAUGCAGGAGGGAUUCGAACGUCAGAAGAGAGGCUAUCGAAACAUCGAUGACUUUGACAGUGGUUUAAAUGAUCCACUUUUUACCAAACAGUGGUACCUAAUAAAUACAGGGCAGGCAGACGGCACUCCUGGGCUGGACCUCAACGUGGCAGAGGCCUGGAAGAUGGGCUACACCGGAAAAGGAGUGACCAUCGCCAUCAUGGAUGAUGGAAUCGACUAUUUACACCCAGACCUUGCUUCCAAUUAUAAUGCAGAGGCCAGCUAUGACUUCAGCAGCAAUGACCCAUACCCAUACCCUCGCUACACAGAUGAUUGGUUUAACAGCCAUGGGACCAGAUGUGCCGGGGAGGUGUCUGCAGUGGCUAACAACAACAUCUGUGGCGUAGGAGUGGCCUACAAUUCCAAAGUGGCCGGCAUCCGGAUGCUGGACCAGCCAUUCAUGACGGACAUCAUCGAAGCUUCCUCCAUCAGUCACAUGCCGCAGGUUAUUGACAUCUACAGUGCUAGCUGGGGUCCCACUGAUGAUGGCAAGACGGUGGACGGACCUCGUGAGCUAACCCUUCAGGCCAUGGCAGAUGGCGUGAACAAGGGCCGCGGGGGUAAAGGCAGUAUCUAUGUGUGGGCCUCGGGGGAUGGUGGUGGCUAUGACGACUGCAACUGUGAUGGCUAUGCCUCCAGCAUGUGGACUAUAUCUAUCAACUCAGCUAUUAACGAUGGACGCACAGCUCUGUACGAUGAGAGCUGCUCCUCCACACUCGCCUCAACGUUCAGCAACGGCCGCAAGAGGAACCCUGAGGCAGGAGUGGCCACCACAGAUCUGUAUGGAAACUGUACACUGCGUCAUUCAGGCACAUCAGCUGCUGCUCCCGAGGCUGCUGGAGUGUUUGCCUUGGCAUUAGAGGCCAAUCCAAACCUGACCUGGAGGGACAUGCAGCACCUUACAGUACUCACUUCAAAAAGGAAUAAACUCCAUGAUGAGGUGCACCAGUGGAGGAGAAACGGCGUGGGUUUGGAGUUCAACCAUCUGUUCGGCUAUGGAGUGCUGGAUGCCGGUGCCAUGGUCAGCCUGGCGCGUGACUGGAAGACUGUGCCUGAGCGCUUUCAUUGCGUGGCCGGAGCGGUCCAGGAGACACACAAGAUCCAAUCAGGUUCAAAGCUAGCACUCACCAUCACCACAGAUGCUUGUCAGGGCCGCGAGAAUUUUGUGCGCUACCUGGAGCACGUCCAGGCGGUGGUGACAGUGAAUGCAAGCCGGCGCGGAGAGCUCAUGCUCAACCUGACUUCACCUAUGGGCACCAAGUCCAUCCUGCUGAGCCGGCGGCCACGUGACUCCGACUCGACCGUUGGGUUUGACAAGUGGCCUUUCAUGAGCACGCACACGUGGGGCGAAGACCCUCGCGGCACAUGGAAGCUCGAGGUCGGCUUCAGCGGAGAGUCACCACAGAGUGGCCAUCUAACCGAGUGGACCCUCAUGCUGCAUGGCACGCAGAGUGCGCCCUACAUAGAGCAAGUGGUCAGGGACUACCAGUCCAAAUUAGCCAUGUCCAAAAAGGAGGAGCUGGAGGAGGAGCUGGACGAAGCUGUCGAAAGGAGCCUUGAGAGGAUGAUGAGCAAAAGCAACUAGCCUCAGUCAGAACUGCAUGAUGCCUGCUUUCUCUCUUUUCUCUAGCUCUCUUUCCCUCUCAGUGUAUCUCUACUCCUUCUCUUCCUCUCUUUCUUGCUCCUAUAUUCCUUUUUUCUCUGUGGUCACAAGUUUCCUGUUGUUCCAUGUAGGCCUGCGUUAAUUGAAAAAAAAAAUAUAUAUAUAUUCUCCAAAACGACCUAUUCUACAAGAUAUUAACUCUGGUGUUCUCUUCUUUUUUAUAAUUUUUAGAAAAUGUAUAUACACAAUCUAAAAUGUAAAAAUAGUAUAUGAAUUUAUUGCUUCCCUUGCUGUCUCCCCACCUCUACGAAGACAACUAUUGUACAGUUUGUGACUGUAAAUGAUUCUCUGUGUUAUUCCACCUAAAGACUAGUACCUUGCUGAGAGAGCAGUGACAUUGAUUUUUCUUUUUUUCUUUUUUUGAAUAACACCUAUUUAUAUCGAAACAGGAGACAUAAUGUGUGAUCACAGCUUGUGGCCAACAAUGAAACCUUCAUAUCCUUCAAUAUAUAUCUAACAAUAAAUCUGUUCUGCUGUUUGUUAAAGCAUUUGAAUGAUACUGAGGAUGUUUUACAACGUAGGGACAAUAUAGGAUUUAGACUGGUUUUCAGAAAU